AAGGCAAAAGCCGUGCGGGCGGGCACGCGGGCGACUGAGACAGCCGGACCUCGGCGCGAUGGUCGCCCUCCUCACGCUGAGCGUCGUUUUGCCCUGCGCCUACGAGUACGCGUUCAUGGAGCGGACGGCGAAGAGCGUCUGGGAGAUGACUCCGGCCGAGCGCCUCGAGGAGAUCAUCAUCGUCGACGACGCGUCGGACCCGCCCCUCGAGCGCUUCGCCGCCGCGGACACCUACAAGGUCCGCUUCUUCACGCACGACGAGCCCCGGGGGCUCAUCGGGGCGAAGAAGACGGGCGCGGACGCCGCGCGCGGCGGCAUCGUCGUCUUCUUCGACUGCCACGUGAAACCCGCGCCCGACUACUGGGUCCCCUUCGUGUCCCACGUCGAGAAGAACUACAAGCGCGUCGUCGUGCCGACGAUCACCAAUCUGGACGUCGACACGUGGACGGAGUUCGGCCGGCCGCCGCCCGGCACCGAGGGCAUGAGCAAGUGCUAUUUGACGUUCGACGGCGAGUUCAAGUGGACCAAGGACGACACGGAGUUCGUGCCGGUCAUGUCCGGCGGGCUGCUGGCGAUGAGCCGGCGCUGGUGGAAAGAGACGGGCGGCUACGACGACGCCAUGCGCGGCUGGGGCGGCGAGAACAUCGACCAGUCGCUGCGGAUCUGGCGCUGCGGCGGCGAGAUCGUGUCCGCGACCCGGUCGUACGUCGCGCACAUGUGGCGCGACGCGGCCAAGCCCGCGACGCGGUCCAAGUACCGCGUGCCCCCGAAUGCCAAGGCGACGAACAUCGCGCGCGCGGGCAAGGCCCACAUGGGCGGCUGGUACGGCGCGAAGCUCCUCAGCUUCGACCUGUGCUUCGACCCCUUCGUCCAAUUCAAGGCGAGCAACAAGCCCUGGGAGCCGCACAACGGCGUCAACGCGACGGCCAUCGAGUCGCGCAUGGCGACGUGCAACGACGGCGCCCCCGCGGCGUCCUUCGAGUGGUACCUGCGGCGCUUCAAGUACGUCUACCGCGACGGCGGCGUGCUGCCGGCCAAGACGUUCCAGCUCCGCCACGAGGCGUCGGGCCUCUGCCUCGGGCUCGCGGGCCGGACGUGGGGCUCCGCGGCGAAGCCCAGGGACACGGUGCGGCUGCUCGCGUGCAAGGACGUCUUCGAGCGGCGGCGCAACAGUCUCGUCUGGUGGCACCGGUCGAACCGGAACGACGAGGGCGAGUGCUGCGCCGGUCUCAAGGUCUGGAACACGGACCAGUGCCUCGACAGUGCCGCGUCGCGGUCCACCUCGCUGGGCACGGCCGUCUGCGACCUCGCCGGGCCCCGGUCCCAGCGCGCGACGGUCUGGGACGGCCCGGGCCUCAAGGUCGACGUCUUCGGCUGCGUCGCCGUCUCCGCCACGGGCGAGCCCUACCUCGAGACGUGCGGCCGCAACGUCACGCGCUUCCGCCGCCACUACGGCGCCCAGACGCCCGAGUUCAAGCUCCUCUCGCGCGAGGCGAAGCGCGUCUGGAUCUACGGCGCCCCGGACGACGCGCGGGGCAGCCCGGCCUACGCGAGGCGCGCGGGCGAGGAGGUCGCGCGCGUGCAGCAGCACGCGGACGAGGAGGCCGUCCAGGCCAUGAUGGACGACUUCGCCGAGUUCGACGACUUCGAGUUCGAGCAGCAGCAGGAGGAGGAGCGCACGAUCACGAACAACGGGAAGAAGACGAAGGACAAGUUCACGGCGGCCGACAAAAGGCGCGUCGGCAGCACCCUCAAAGCCUACGCGGAGCUGGCCUUGAAGGACCCGACGAAGGAGUUCCCGGACGAGACGAAGAACCUCGACUUCGACACGCUCAAGGGCAUCGCUUCGUCCUGCUACCACCUCGCGCCGCUCGCCGGCGCCGACAAGGCCAAGUUCGCCGACGUCGGCUACCAGUGCUCCUGCCCGCAAUUUUGGCACUACGGCAAGUGCAAGCACUCGCUCGGCAUGGCCGCAUCCCUUGAUAUCUACGAGAACGCCGAGGUCUUGGGCGUGGAGGUGAAGACGUUCAGCGGCGGCCAUGUUCGCUUCAUGUCCAAGGCCGAGCUCCAGCGGUACGGCGACGUCAUCUUCGUGCACUACGACUGGACCUCGGAACGCGGCGGGAAAAGGGUCCUCGCCCUCAGCGAGCCGACCUACGCGGCCCGGCCGGACUACAUCGAGGCCGUGCAGAAGCACGGCAUGGUCGUCGACUGGCGCCUGAAGAUCGUCGCGUGGUUCGACCAGCUCGGCGACGCCUUCGACAUGAAGCCCGAGACGAUCGCGAUGGCGACGAACUACCUCGACCGCUACCUGAGCCGGCGCUCCUGCGGCGGCGUGAACCUGCAGCUCGCGGCGACGGCGUCCAUCUUCCUCGCGUCCAAGGUCGAGGAGCAGCGGCCGUUCCGGACGUCGGACCUCGUCACGCUCUCGGGCGGGUUGCUCCAGGCCGCGGACAUCCGCCUCAUGGAGUUGGAGUUGGUGUCGACGCUCCGCUGGUACCUCAACCCGCCGACGAUCCACGCGUCCAUCCACCAGCUCCUCGCGCUCCUCGGCGCCGCGGAGCGCGACGCCGGCGACGCGGCAGAGUUGGAGGACCGCGCCGUCGCCUACGCGGACCGGUCGCGGUCCGACCUGGCCUUCCUCGCCUUCCCGCCGUCCAUGAUCGCCGUCGCCGCCGUGCUCUGCGCGCUGCGGGCGCGCCGCGCGGACCCGGCGCGCACGGAGGCGUUCCUCGCCGUCGUGAAAGCGGCGGAGCUGCCCUACGCGACCGCGCCGCGCGCGGCGGAGCGCAUCCGCGCCUGCGGCGUCCUCCUCCUCGGCCUCGACGAGGAGGUCGUCGCCUUGGACGACGACGACCUCGAGGUCGAGGCCUACGCGGACCAGACGCACCCGCUGCUGUACUCCGACUCCGAGGAGGACCUCGAGGAGAACCACGCGCCGUCGCCGACGGACGUCAUGGACACGGGCCGCAUCGCCGACUUCCGGUCGCCGUCGCCCCUCAAGCGCCACAAGUCCGACACCUGGGGGUAG